AUGCCACUGUGGAACUGCUAUCCAUUCGAUCCGGAGGUUGCACCGCUGUUCGGUUAUCACCCUUCUCUUACAGCUGGAAUCCUUUUCACGAUUGCUUUCCUGGGUGUCUUAACAACCCAUGUCUCGCAAGCAUGCAAUACCAUAUAUCCCUGGAUAGGACUGGUGCUUUCGAUUGGAGCUGCCCUUGAGUUUAUCGGAUGGCUUGCCCGUACUUUGGCUUACCGCUGUCCAUAUACCUUUGCCAUAUGGCAAAUACAGCUGUCAACUCUGAUGUCGGCUCCAUACUUUACAACCGUCGGAAUCUACGGAGUCUUAGAUCUCAUGUACGCAGUUAUAGACCAAGUUCGACUACCUUUCAGGCCGAAGCGGUGGGCAGAUAUCUGCAUGACUAUCGCGCUUCUUAGUCUCAUUCUCCAGGUUAUUGGGGGUUCGCUGGCACACAAGGCCUCCAGUGUCGCCUCCAGUGUCGAUAAAACAGUCAGCCUGGGAAUCGAUAUCCUACAGCGACUUGUCUGGAGGAUGCCAAUGCUCAAAAUGUUAGCUGUGCUUGCGUUUGCUUUAGUUUGUAUAAUUGUUCGGGAUACAUAUCGCAUUGUGGAGUCUACGAAUGGAUGGCGUGGUUAUUCCUACACAUAUGAAAUUCUAGGGUGUCUUUUCGAUGGGCUGCCUAUGUUUAUCGCCAAUGUUACGCUGAGUAUCUGGCAUCCAGCAGUGUUGUUGAACGAGGCGAUGCUAAUGGAGUCGAGAGUUGUGCGAGCGGAGGAGGUCGAAUUACGAAGCAGAGAAGAUCAGAACGGACGAGGAAGUCGCUUGCUUGACGAGUACCCACCUAUUUCUGAGGAGCUUGAGCCAGUUCUCCAUGGGCUAGCACUUACCAGUACUCGUCUACAUCAGCAAUCUAUCACUAAGGAUCCAAAAGAGCUUGUCAGUUUUUCUUCAAAAGAAACAAGAGAUGAAUGCAUUCUUCACCACUCAUUGAUUCUGCCACGCACACUGUCAUACAGUGUAGUCGGUAGCAUCCUUCCAUGCUGGCGGAGACAAAACAUACUGCCAAGACUGCGGUCAUUCUGGAUUCCCGUUCGGCAUCUUUUCACACUCCGUUCACAAAGCAGUAUCACGACAACUGAAGGAACAAGUUAUCUGACUGCAACAGACUUUUCAUAA